UCCCCUCAGCCUCCCCGGCCGGCCAUUAGCUCCUGCCGGCUGGACAGCUGCCCUGCCCUGUGCCCCUGGGCGUGGAGGCCGGUGGGGAUGUGGGGCUCAGCCAGCCAGCUGCUGGCCCAGUCGCCUCUCCCAUGGGGGAGUCCAGCUUCCACUGCCACCCGUCCCCCGAGGGAUGCUGCCUGGAGCUCCACGAAACCAUCGCCAUCCUGGUCGCUUUGAUCGUCCUGGUCCAUCUGGCGCUGAAGCUGGCCGCAGCGGUGAGAGGACUGUUGGCAUGCAUUUGCGGGGAGGGAGGGCCUGGAUCAGGCCCCUGAAGCUCUGGCGGGCAAGUGGACUGGAGGUCUUUGUGGAGCCACAAUUCCAGUGGCACUGGGAUGUUCUGCCCCUGAGAGUUAGCACUCUUCCCUACAAAUCGGAAGUACCUGCAGGAUGAGGCCCGUCGAGGCCAGCAUCCUGUUCCAUACCCUCCCGCAUUUAUCUGAUGAAAAUAGGGACGCCCUAUUCCAUUACGGAAAGGGACGCAGGUGGCGCUGUGGGUUAAACCACAGAGCCUGGGACUUGCCGAUCAGAAGGUCGGCGGUUCGAAUCCCUGCGACGGGGUGAGCUCCCGUUGCUCGGUCCCUGCUCCUGCCAACCUAGCAGUUCGAAAGCACGUCAAAGUGCAAGUAGAUAAAUAGGUACCACUCUGGCGGGAAGAUAAACGGCGUUUCCGUGUGCUGCUCUGGUUCGCCAGAAGCGGCUUAGUCCUGCUGGCCACAUGACCCGGAAGCUGUACGCCGGCUCCCUCGGCCAAUAAAGCGAGAUGAGCGCCGCAACCCCAGAGUCGUCCAUGACUGGACCUAAUGGUCAGGGGACCCUUUAUCUUUUAUUCCAUUAUAUUAUUAUUAUUAUUAUUAUUAUUAUUAUUACAGUCAUACCUCAUGUUACGUUUGCUUCAGGUUGAGUGUUUUCAGAAAGGGUUACUUCCAGGUUUUGCCGCUUACGCAUGUGCAGACGCUCAAAAUGACGUCAUGCGCAGAAGCGGCGAAUCGCAACCUGCGCACGCACAGAUGUGGGUUGCGUUCUGCUCAUGUUGUGAACGGGCCUCCGGAACGGAUCCCGUUCACAACCAGAGGUACCACUGUAUUAUUAUUAUUAUCCCAGCCAUCUGACAGCCAUCUGGGCGGCUUCCUACAUAUAUCAAAGCAUAAUAAAACAUUUAAAAACUUACAGGGCUGCCUUCGUACGUCUUCUAAAAGGUUGUACAGUCGUACCUCGGAAGUCGAGCAGAAUCCGCUCUGGAAGUCCGUCCGGCUUCCGAAACGUUCGGAAACCAAAUCGCAUCUUCUGAUUGGCUGCAGGAAGCAGCUCCUGCAGCCAAUCGGAAGCCCCGUCGGACAUUUGGCUUCCAAAAGAACGUUCACAUUUCUUACUUCCCCUAUUACAUUUAAAACUCAUAAGCAAUAUCUCUAUUCUUUAUCGAGUUUGUCACGUUUCGUAUAUUUCUCCUUACAAAACUUCUUGUCGUCCUACUAGCGUAACUUGUUGGUUGCAAUUGCUUCUCAAAUAGUUUGUAUACUUCUGCCAAUCUUCUGUAAAUCUCUGGUCCCGCAGGUUUCAAAUCCUUCCUGUCAUUUUGUCCCAUUCUGCAUAGUCCAUUAAUUUCAUCUGCCGUUCUUCUUUCACGACGAGUGAUUUCUUAUGGAUUUCUAGAGUUUUCCCAUUGAGCCAAUACAUAUAUGCAUUGAUCAGUGAAUCGCUCCAUUUGUAGUCUUGUUGUCUUUGCUUCCAGUGGCAGAGCUAGCUGCUCCUGAACCCGGCGCAUUGGGGCGGCGCGAUCCACCCAGGGGGGAUUUUGUCACCCCACUCUGGGAUGGCACCCGGGUCGGACCGCCCCAACCACACACCCCUUCGUACGCCCCUGCUCUCACCCCCUUCCAAUUUCCCCGUAACAUAACAAAACAUUCAUAAAAUAAUAUUGGCUGUGGCCCCCACAGUUGAAGGCGCAAUGCUUCUGAACACUGGAGGAGGGAGAGUUGUGUUCGAAUCCUGCUUUCGGGUUUCCUCCCCAGGCCACUUUGAGACCAGGACGCUGGACUAGAAGGCAUCCCUUUUGGUCUGAUCCUGUCCUGGUUAGAUGCUCCAACCCCUGGCAGUGUUUGAAAAGAACAGGCUGCUGCUGCUGGGAAACAGCCUUGAGCAGCCUCUGCCAGUCAGAAUUAGCAGUACGGGGCUGCAUGGACCCGGCGGCUGGAUUCAGGAUAUGGCAGCUGCCAGGCCAGGCCAGAGGCCUCAGCUGAGUCCCAGGGGCCACCAGCCGUCUGACGUGGCCCCCUAUAAUCCUCCACCUUCCUCUUCUCCCUCCAGGCCUGCUAUUAUUUCUGCUGCCUGCUUGGGACACUGAUUGGAACGAUCUGCGCAAAGGGUGAGUUUAUGCCUUUAUGGGGACGUUUUAUUCUCAUUUAUGAAUGUUGUAAGAAAAAAAAUCUGCUCAGAGAUGCAUUUUAAAUUAAAGGACACAUUCUACUCAUGUAAAAACACACUGAUUCCCGGACUGUCCGUGGGCCAGAUUUAGAAGGUGAUUGGACCGGAUCCGGCCCCCGGGCCUUAGUUUGCCUACCCAUGGGAUAGAGUCACCAGCAAAUUCAAAUUAUAAUUUACCGUGUUUUGAUGUGUAUAAGAUGCCCCCCAUAUAUACGACGCACACUAUUUUGGGGGACUCCAAAUUAAGAAAACACCCCCUCAGCACUACCCAUGUAUAAGACGAGCCCCAAUUUUAAACCUAAUUUUUUGGUAAAAAAAACCCUAGUCUUAUUAAGAAAAAACCUAGUCUUUGGUAAAAAAAACAAAAAACAAACUUAGUCUUGUUAUAAGAAAAAAAAAACCCUGCUCCUUUUCCCUUAUGGGGUCUCCAAGAGCCCGUAUAGAGUCCUUAAGUGGGUUCCCUAUCGGUAGGAGAAGAUAACAGAGGCCAGCCAGAGAAUAUUGAGUAGCAAAGCGGCUAGUAAGCCUGAUCUUUAUUAAACUGUUGCAACAGGGUCCUCACUCCCCCCGCACGCAGGAGGCAGGAGGGACCCAGAACAAUGGUGCACAAGCCCUUAUAGAGACUCCUGAAAUUGCCCACCCUGUGGCCCCAAACAUCAUGCAUACAUCACAGAAGGAGGCGGUCUACAGCAGAAAUCCUGUCUGCCAGGAUACCUGAUAAUGGUCACUGAUUGCUUUACCUGGGCGGCCUGGCCAUUCUUUUGUGAUGGUUAAUACUUUAGUUCCUCAGUCCAGGUCACAGGCUCACCCUAUUCAUACACAAAUGUACCCUUAAGACAGGAUUUGCAAGCGAAAAGACAACGGGAAGGCUUUCCCCAUUUUCCUCCCUUACUGCAGAGGAAUAUUUGAGAUCAUUGGGAGAGUCAAAAUGGCUUCAGGAUUGCUCUCCAGGUGGCGCUGUGGUAUAAACCACAGAGCCUAGGGCUUGCCAAUCAGAAGGUUGGCAGUUCGAAUCCCCGUGACGGGGUGAGCUCCCGUUGCUCGGUCCCUGCUCCCGCCAACAUAGCAGUUCGAAAGCACGUCAAAGUGCAAGCAGAUAAAUAGGUACCGCUCCGGCGGGAAGGUGAACAGUGUUUCCGUGCGCUGCUCUGGUUCGCCAGAAGCGGCUUAAUCAUGCUGGCCACAUGACCCGGAAGCUGGACGCUGGCUCCCUCGGCCAGUAAAGCAAGAUGAGAGCCGCAACCCCAGAGUCAGUCACGACUGGACCCAAAGGUCCCUUUACCUUUACCUUUACUAUCUCAGACACAUGGUUUAUAUACUUAUGUAUGUGUAUGCCUUGUACAUUUGUGAACAUUCAAUUUGUAUUUGAGACCUUAGAAUUCUUAUAACAUUAAAUUUGUACACCAAAUUUCACCCGUCAAUCUCAGGGCGGUUCACAACACAAAACUGCAGUAUCAAAACCACAAAAUAAUAAAAAUACAAACAGAAACAAACCAAUAAUUCCCCCCCAAAAAAACACAUUUAAAAGGGCCUGGAAUGCCAGCCAGUCCGAGAGGAAAGUUUUUGCCUGGUGCCUAAAGGUGUAUAAUGAAGGCAUCAGGUGAGUCUCCCCUGUGAGAGUAUCCCACAUGCCCUGAGUGGGACUCAAACCCACAACCCUGAUUUUUAGAGUUCCUUGUUCUACUGACUGAGCCUUAUCCCAGGCAUGUAGAUGUUGAAUAGCAAUGGGGAUAAGAUUAAACCCUGAGGAACCCUAUACUUUCUUUCCGCAAACCUUUCGUUUGCUGCAUUGGAACCCAAUCGUCCUUUCCGUUGCCGUUUUGAAAGAUUAUCGUCGCUAGCCGUAAUAUUACUGAAGGGUUUCCGCACUUGUCAGAAAUUGAUCUUUAAGUACACUUUGGAACUCCCCGCCACUUGACCUUAGUCAGGAACCAUUACUGUACUCCUUUUAGCUGCAAAACAUUUUUGAUCAGGCCGGUCUACACAGACAUUGAGAGGCUACAAGUCCUCGAUUUAUUUAUUUUAGCUACCGUUGACUCUAACCGUCUUUCGGAUAUCUGUUUUCUAACCGGUAAUGUUAACGGUUUGCUCUGAGUUUUCGUAAAACGCUUCGAGGUUUGUCCGUUCUUCACAACCGAGCGGUACUUAAAUCUUACUCAAGUAAAAUAAAGUUUUAAGAAGGGAGGCCAAGGCUAGUUCAGAUAAAAAACAACAACAACGAAACAUCAAGAAUGUAACUGAUCAUAAAGUACAGCUACUCGCAAUGGAAAUACAUUGCUACAUUCGUAGAAUCUUAAGAGUCGGAAUGGGUUCCCAAGCGAUCAUCUAGUCCAUCCCCCUGAAGUGCAGGAAUCACAGGUGAAGAAUCGCUAGGAAGAUAGCCAGAGGCGGUUUAAGAGCGACAAACUUUGGCUGUACUGGCCACCAACCUGCAGGGGGCGCCACAACCGUGAUGCAGAUCGGAGAUUCGAGGGGCAGGUGGUGCAAAAUUAUAGUGUUGCACGGUUGCUGCUGAAAUUUGAGAGCCCAUGAGAUGGGCACCCCACCUCUGUUUAAAAACCUGCAACGAGGGACAGUCCAGCUUGUGAGGUCAUAGACCCAAAGGUUUGCAGAAUUGGAAGGGACCCACGGGGUCAUCCAGACCAACCCGUUUUAAUCCAGUCCAGCCCCCUUUAACACACGAAUCACAGCUAAAGAAUCCCUGACAGGCAAUUGGCUACCCUCUGCUCAAAAACCUCCAGUGAAGGAGAGUCAAAACACCCCGGAUUCAAAUACAGCGGAACCUUGGUUCUCGAACUUAAGUCCGUUUGACUUCCGAAAUGUUCGAAAACCAAGGUGCGGCCUUUGAUUGGCGCAGGCGCCCCGGAAACAAUAGCUGACAGCCGCAUCGGACGUCCGGCUUCCGAAAGAUAUUCGGAAACCAGAGCACUCACUUCCGGGUUUCGCCGUUCGGGAACCGAUUUGUUUCGUCAACUAAGCUGUUUGAGAAGCAAGGAUCCACUGUAUAGGACAGGGGUCAGCAAACUUUUUCAGCCGUGGGCCGGUCCACUGUCCCUCAGACCUUGUGGGGGGCCGGACUAUAUUUUGGGGGGGAAAUAUGAACGAAUUCCUAUGCCCCACAAAUAACCCAGAGAUGCAUUUUAGAUAAAAAGCACACAUUCCACUCAUGUAAAAACACACUGGUUCCCGGACCGUCCGCAGGCUGGAUUUAGAAGGCGAUUGGGCCGGAUCCGGCCCCUGGGCCUUAGUUUGCCUACCCAUAGUAUAUGAUAAACAAGCCCAUUGACACAGCAGGACAGUUGUUUGCCAUUAUUCAAAUGCAACAUUUUACGAGAGUUCAAUCUUUGCCGCUGCGGCCCUUUGCUUUCUCUUCCCAGAACCCGAGACGUCAAAGAUGUGCGCCACCCCCAAGACGAGGAGAACCCAAUCCAGGCGGCUGGCAGCGCAGUGGUCCGACCAGAACCUCCCUCGCCGGCGCCGGCACGAAAGCUGUUCGCCGCACCGGCGCUGCCUCCACUGCACCCUGGAGCCGCUGAAGGUCACCAUGAACUUGCAGAACGAACCUUUUCCUUGCAGAGAGCACCAGCGUCUUGGCCGGCGCCCCUGCCCUGAUUACCUGCCGUGCCACGCUCUGCGGUGCUGCACCUGCGACUGCGACCCCCGGCAGCGCCCGCGCACGUCCUCAGCGCCCUCCCCUGUCACCCGCUGCCGGGACGUCGCCUGCGGCUCCUCCGACCCCAUGCUGGCCUCGGGCAGCAGCAACGAUCACCGGAACAGCAUGGCGGUAAACCCCGAUUACUUCUCGAGGUUGCCGGCGAACGAUAACCAGUACCGCUCCGCGCCGGAGGCUGAAUACCCCGGGACGACGGGCCGCAGGCCUACCAAAGUCUACAUCUACCCGGUGCACCCCCAAACGCCGCCGGCGAGCCGGUCGGGCAGCCCUGAGAGAAGCUACCGGCGGCGAGGGACCAUCGUGACCACGCCGGAAGAGCAGCCAGUCGAGUACGAGCCUCGGGAAUCCUCCCGGCGGAAAUCGCGCGCCGAACCGGAGCAGCUGCUGAACAGUCCGCUGUCGCCACCGGCAGCGCCCCGGUUCCACAGCAUCGGCGGCAGCCCUUUGCCAGGGACGGCGCCGCCGGAGACCCCCAGCGUCAAACCGCGGUAUUCCUGGCCUGAGCCGGCCGCCGUCUCGGACUGGGUGUACCGCCCGGUGAAACAGUAGUAGGGGCCCCAUCCGAAAUGGGAACCCGCAAGAGAGGAGGACGAGGACCUGGCCGCCCCGGCCUGAGUCACCUUUGGGUUGGGAAAGGAAAUAAAAAGCAAAACCACCGACUGCACGUCCA